AUGGAACAAGGCAUACUGCUCAAGAUCUUCACGGCUCUUAAUGUCAUGGAUUUGGUUGGUAGUGUUUCUGUUGUUUGUAGCACAUGGCAUUCUGUAUGUCAUGAACCCUGCCUGUGGGAAUCCAUAAAUAUGAGUGUGCUGGCCCCGAAUCUCAUUGUUACUGAGCAAGAAGUACAUAACUUAAGCAAUGAGGAGCACAAUGAGCAGCUGAUCCAUGCUUCUCAGAGAAUCUCGGAACUGAAAAGACUUGUUCUCCCACCAAGGAAUCUUCUAACACUGGCUGGAUUUGAAGAGUCCAUAAAGAACUGGGCACAACUAGAGUCAUUUACCAUGCCACUUGCUUUGUUUGAGUUUGAAAUGGUGAAGUUGAUCGGAGCUCACUGCAAGAAUUUCUCUGAGCUCAAAGUUUUCUGCCCCUUUGUGGUCGGAUUUGCAAAGACCAUUGCUACCUAUAUCCCGAACUUAAAGGUUUUAAGUCUUCAGGGCAGCUUGGUGGAGAAGGAAGCCUUGGUUUACUUACUAAACAACACGAAAAAAUUGGAAGUGUUGAACUUGUGUCACUGCCUCAUUGUGGAUGAAGGCCUUCCAGCACCAGGCUAUGCUUAUGCAGCGCUUGCACUUGACAUGUCUAUCAUGGAAAGGGCCUCUGAGAUGAAGAACUUUCUAGUUUGUAAUGCAGACUACUGUCAUGUCUGCCAGCUCAUGUUUAUCACUGAAGGGAACUCAGGGUGGUCCGACAUUGGAAUAUGGCGAAGGGACAUGGUUCUCAAGGCACUCUGUGUUGCUGGAGCUGUGGUUGCAAUUGUUGCUGCUGUAGCUGCGGUUGCUGUUGCUGCAUCUAUGGUAGCUGAGGCUGCUGUUGCUGCAUUUGUUGAAGCUGAGGCUGCUGUUGUUAUUAGCUGUGGUUGCACAUGUUGA